UGGUCCCAUAUAAAGGAGGGAUGAGGGUGAAGUAGUGGAGUCAACGUCCAGCUUACAGCAUGUCACCGUGGGUCCUUGUGGUCGUGACGGUCCUGGUGCUCGGGGGGGUCAGGGGACAGGAGGAAGCUCCACGAACCCGUAUGGUUGUGUUGGACAAAGGUACAAAGAAUGUCUUCCGUGUGGAUGUUGGCUCGGAUCUAUCCGACCACCAUAUUGAAACCUUCAACAUCCCCUCCCUCGGCAGCGUCUCCGACAUGGACUACGACUUCGUCGACGACCGGAUUUAUAUUCUCAGUUACCUGAAAGAGUUCAUGUCGAUAUUUGUCAAUGGUACCGACGAAAGAAGAAUUCCGUACGAAGGGGCAUACCCACAAACAAUGGCCGUGGAGUCAAAUGAAAAGAUCAUCUUUGUGGGCACCUCCGACCGAAGCAAUAACAAGAUCCUGUCCAUGGGAAUUGACGGCAGUGGAAAGACAGAUUUGGCCGAGCGGACAUGGGAUCCUUUUCGCAUGGCUGUCGACUUCCAAAACAGGUAUCUGUACUGGAUGGAGUCGUGUGCCUGUGGCUGGAUGUACAGGAUGCGCUAUGAUGGGACUGGAAUAGAAAGAUUUCCGCAUGAAAUAAACCAGAACAAAAGCCCGCAUUCCAUUGACUUCACCACCCGCACCCUCUACAGUGACGGCUACAGGGGCUUGUACAAGAUGUCACUGGACACCGGGGAGUCACAAUUGAUAUUCCCAGGCAGAAUCAGCCACUCACAGACCCACACCGUCUACGACCCCCGAACUGGCAGGAUCUUCUUGACCAACGACAAACGAUUAGAAACCGUCGUUGUCUACGCCUCUAACGGAACGCGUCUUGGCUACCUUGACUGGAUCCCACUGACUAAAGACGAGAAAAAGGUCAUCCGCAUUAACCCUCUGUGAGAGGAAGGGCAUAUGAAGACACGCAAAACAAGGACAGCAGUCUGAGCUGCAUGGUUGACAAGCCCAGUGUGAAGAACACAGAUUAACGCGGGCUUUGCGCUGCAAACCUCAUAAAAUACCUCCAAGGUGAA